AUGCGAAAAGACUUGCAGGCUCUCCAUUCGAAGAUUGACAAGCUGAUUGUAGCUCAAUUCCCUCCCAAACAAGUCAGCUCUAUCUCUGAUACAACACAGGCUAUCAAACAGGAAGGGGAGGAGCAACAACAUACAAGCACCCCUCCAACCACAAGGAAGACCAUCUAUGGUCACACAUUUUACCAGGCACUUGUGGCUUACAGAAUCACUCCACACAGAUCCAACCCGCAAGGGCACCUUCCAAGUAUCCCACCAAUGCCAUACCCAACUACACAGAGCCAAGAUUGGGAUAUGAAGGAUAUGCUCCAACAACUCCUUCAGGGGCAAGCCAAAGGUUCACUAGACAUGAACCACAAGUUGCUAGAAAUAAACUCCAAACUGGAGUCAUUGACUUCAAGAGUGAAAACCAUUGAGUCUUCUAGUGUGUUAUCCUCUUCAUCUCAAGAGUAUGCUCAAGCUGUUACACUGAGAAGUGGGCGACAGUGA